AUGCUGCCGCUACUAAAGAAUGAGACAGUUGUCCUAGUAUUUACACUCUCUGGACUAAACGAAACAAUGGGAAACAGAUUUGUGUUCUUCUCUUUGACUGCACUGUAUUAUCCAUUCAUUGUGUUUUGCAACAUAACCAUACUUUACGCUGUAAUGUCGCAUAAGAAGCUUCACGAGCCAAUGUAUGUCUUUAUAUGCAAUCUGUGUGUUAAUGCACUCUACGGCACUGCUGGCUUCUACCCUAAAUUCUUGUAUGAUUUAUUAGCCCAAGAUCAUGUGAUUUCUUAUGCUGGAUGUUUGAUUCAGAUCUUUGUCAUUUAUUCAUCUGUUUUAUGUGACAUUUCAACACUAACAGUGAUGGCAUAUGACAGGUAUGUGGCAAUAUGUAGACCACUGGAGUAUCAUUCAAUAAUGACUGAUCAGAGAAUUGUUGAAUGUAUCCUCUUCUGUUGGCUGACUCCUUUUUUUUGCAUCGCUGUCCUUAUUGUACUAACAGCUAGACUCACAUUAUGUGGCUCUACUAUUGAAAAGCUGUAUUGUGAAAAUUGGUCAGUUGUUAAACUUUCCUGUUUUUCUACAACAGUGAAUAACGUGAUUGGGUAUGUAAUCAUUAUUGUAUAUUUUGGGCAUGCGGUAUUAAUAUUUUGCUCAUACAUAUAUUUGAUUGUGAAAUGCAGAAAGUCAACAGAGAGCAGGCACAAAUUCAUACAGACGUGUGUGCCGCAUCUGCUUGCAUUGCUUAAUGUAACUGUUGCUUUGUUGUUUGAUGUGUUGUACAGUCGUUACGGCUCAAAGAGUUUGCCCCAGGAUUUGCGUAAUUUCAUGUCCCUGGAAUUUCUACUUGUUCCCCCCAUGUUAAACCCUCUUAUUUAUGGAUUAAAUCUGACAAGACUACGAAGGGAAGUCACGAGGUGCUUUUUCAAAAAAUAA